AAAGAAGAAGAAGGGAGUGUUUCUUCUUCCUUAUCUCAGUUUGGUGGACAAUAAAAAUAAAACUUGGCCCUUUUAGAGAGAGUAAAGGGAAGAGGAGAGAGAGAGAGAGACUGAGACAACUCAUCAGCUGGUACAACUCAAAGAGAGAAAGAUCAAGAUCCAAGACGACGGAGAAGAGAGCUCAAGGGAUAUGGGAUCUCGUCUUCCUCAGUAUUGCUUCCUCCCUGUUUUCUUCUGCCACUCCCAGGAUAGCAACUACAACUACUUUUCUUGAUAGUUCUUUUUUUUUCUCUCUCGGCGUGGACUACAUUUUUCUCGGAAUCUUUGACUCUCUCAGUCUUCAUUUUGAGUCAUCAUCUCUCUUUUCUCACCUCUGUGGGUCCUCUCAUUCAUCAAGUUUUCUUUCUUCUGUAAGCAAACGGAAAUGGGUUCGAGAUACCCUUCUCACCAGCUCGGCAACGGCCUGUUCGUGUCUGGACGCCCCGAGCAACCCAAAGAACGACCUCCAACGAUGAGCUCAGUAGCGAUGCCUUACACGGGCGGCGACAUCAAGAAAUCAGGAGAGCUGGGGAAGAUGUUCGAGAUUCCAACGGAUGGGUCCAAGUCAAGAAAGUCCGGUCCCAUCCCCGGCGCUCCCUCAAGGUCCGGCUCAUUCGCACAAUCAGGUCAAGGAGCUCCCAACGCUUCUAAUGCUCGUAUGUCUGGCUCUUUGGCUUCCGCUGCUGGGUCUCUCUCCAUGAAGAAAACGAACUCCGGACCUUUAUCUAAACACGGAGAGCCUCUCAAGAAAUCAUCCGGCCCUCAAUCCGGCGGCGGAACGCGGCAAAACUCCGGUCCUAUCCCUGUUCUUCCGGCUACAGGUCUCAUAACGUCAGGUCCUCUGAACUCAUCUGGAGCUCCUAGAAAGGUUUCUGGUCCUCUAGACUCGUCUGGUUCGUUGAAGACUCAUAUGCCUUCCGUUGUUGUCCACAACCCGGCUGUUACUACCCUUGGUCCUCCGGAUGACUUCUCCAGCCUCAAGAGCUUCCCUAAGCCUGUGCUGUGGCUGAUCGUUCUUAUAUUUAUAAUGGGGUUCCUUGCCGGAGGCUUCAUCCUCGGCGCAGUUCAUAAUCCGAUGCUCCUCAUUGUUGUUGCAAUCUUCUUUGCAGUUGUUGCGACGCUUUUCAUUUGGAAUGUUUGUUGGGGGAGACGUGGCGUGGUAGAUUUCGUUGCUCGUUAUCCUGAUGCUGACCUUAGAACUGCCAAAAAUGGCCAAUACGUGAAGGUCACUGGGGUGGUUACUUGUGGUAAUGUGCCGCUGGAGUCAUCAUAUCAGAGAGUUCCAAGAUGUGUGUACACAUCCACGUGUCUAUAUGAGUAUCGUGGAUGGGGUUCGAAACCAGCUAAUUCUUCACAUCGUUUGUUCACUUGGGGACUCAGAUCAUCAGAGAGACAUGUGGUAGACUUUUACAUAUCAGAUUUUCAAUCUGGACUCAGAGCCUUGGUCAAAACCGGAAACGGUGCAAAGGUGACACCUCUUGUAGAUGAUUCUGCUGUGGUAGAUUUUAAGCACGGAAAUGAGCAAAUGUCUCCAGAUUUUGUUCAUUGGUUAAAGAGGAAGAAUCUAUCAAGUGAUGAUCGAAUAAUGCGGCUCAAAGAAGUGUAUAUAAAAGAAGGAAGCACAGUGAGUGUGAUUGGUGUUGUGCAGAGAAACGAUAAUGUGCUGAUGAUAGUGCCACCAUCUGAGCCACUUGCAGCUGGUUGGCAAUGGAGGAGAUGCACUUUCCCAACAACCCUUGAAGGAGUUGUAUUGAGAUGUGAAGACUCUUCGAACGUUGAUGCAAUACCGGUUUAAGUCCAUCAUCAUCAUCACAGCAACAUCAGAGUUUGGUUUCAUUGAAUAUUUUUUUUUCAUAAAAUCUUAAAAUAUGUGGCUCUUCUUGGUGCGUCCAUUUCGUGGUGGGUGGUGUGGUUUCAUAUGCCUAAAAUGAGCUAAUUGUAUUCUUCUUCUUUUUUUUUGGUUUGUAUAGAGCUCUUUUAAGCAAGUUCUACUCAAAGGUUGUUAUAUAGUGUAAUAUGUUAUGGUCAAAUCUCCUUUUUUUUUU